AUGGCCGGUCAGACAACUUCAUCGUCUACAUCGGCGUUUGUUACAACAUUAAUCUUUAAUGGGAUCGUAGCGCUGUUAUUUGUAUGGUUGUUCUUACGGUUGAGGCCUAGAGAACCCAGGGUGUACCAGCCCCGUACCCUAAAGGAUAUCAAGACAUUUCCGGAGUCCCAAAGGUCCGAAGAGGUGCCUCCAGGUUAUUUCAACUGGGUCCCAUAUUUGCUCACUAAACCACAUUCGUACAUUAUUCAGAACACUAGUAUCGAUGGGUACUUGUUUUUGAGGUACAUCUCGAUGUUCGCUGCUGUGUCUUUUAUAGGGUGCAUUACGUUGUUCCCGAUUUUGUUGCCGGUAAACGCAACAAACGGACACAACUUGAAAGGAUUUGAGGUUCUUUCGUUCUCAAAUGUGUCAAAUAAGAGGAGGUUUUACGCUCAUGUAUUUUUAUCCUGGUUCUACUUUGCCUUUAUUGUCUUCGUCAUAUACAGAGAGCUAUAUUACUACGUCACUUUGCGCCAUAGUAUACAAACAUCGCCUUUGUACGACGGUUUGCUUUCUUCGAGAACAUUGAUAUUGACGGAUUUGCAGGGCGAUUUUUGCACAGAAGAGGGCUUGAACAAACGUUUCUUGAACGUGUCGCGCGUGACUUUGGCUAGGGAUCUCAAAAAGUUGCAUAAGCUGGUGGAUGAACGUGAUGGUUUGGCCAAGAAGUACGAGUCUACAUUGAAUAAAGUUAUUACAAAGGCCGUCAAAAAGAAAAUCAAGGCUGAUAAAAAGGGAGAACAAGUCGCUGAAGGUACCACCAACAAGAACAACCCUCAAAAUGAUUUAGAGACUUACAUGCCACAGAACAAAAGACCAACACAUAGAUUAGGAAAAAUUCCUGUGUGGAAGAUCUUCACCAGUGAAAAAGUGGAUACCUUGGAAUAUUGUGUUAAACGUAUUGGUGAGCUAAACGACGAAGUGGCUAAGGAACAGGACACUUGGGAAGAGAGAGAUCUUCUGAGUACCGCAUUCAUUGAAUUCAAAUCUCAAUACGAUGCCCAAAGAGCUUACCAGUCUGUCCCAUACCUUUUUGAGAAAGGUUCGUACCAUAAGGCCUUGAUCGGAUAUGGACCAGAUGAUAUACGUUGGGAGAAUACAGACUUGUCAGAGAAAGAACAAAAGGCUAAGAGAUCAGGUGGUAACAGCUCAUUGACGGCUUUGAUCAUCUUUUGGGCUAUUCCAGUCGCUUUUGUUGGUUGUGUUUCUAAUAUCAACUUCUUGACCGACAAAGUUCACUUCUUAAAAUUUAUCAACAAUAUGCCAAAGGUUCUAAUGGGUAUCAUUACUGGUUUGGCUCCAACAAUUCUAUUGGCACUAUUGAUGUCGCUUGUUCCUGUUAUUAUCAAAAAAAUUGCGGUUCUGUCUGGGUCUUUAACAAGACAGGAUGUUGAAUUAUAUUGUCAUAAAUGGUACUACGGCUUCCAAGUGGUGCAAGUUUUCAUUGUGGUCACUCUAACUUCUGCUGCAUCGAGUACUGUAACGGCAAUCAUCAAGAAACCAAGCUCCGCUAUGACAUUAUUGGCUGAGAACUUGCCAAAAGCAUCUAAUUUCUACAUUGCCUACUUUUUGUUACAAGGGUUAUCAGUACCAAGUGGAGCUUUACUGCAAGUCGUUAAUUUGAUCUUGAGUAAAGUAUUGGGAAGAGUCCUAGAUAAGACACCUAGACAAAAAUGGGCCCGUUAUAACAAGUUGUCAGAGCCUAGUUGGGGUGUGAUCUACCCAGUUUUAGAAUUAUUGGUCUGCAUCAUGAUUACUUACUCCAUCAUCUCCCCAAUUAUAUUGGUAUUCUCCACAUUUGCUCUUGGUUUCUUCCUAUUGGCAUACACCUACAAUCUAGUGUAUGUUAUGAAAUUCAGUUAUGAUUUACGUGGAAGAAAUUAUCCAAGAGCCUUGUACCAAGUUUUCGUUGGUUUAUAUCUCGCAGAAAUUUGUCUUCUUGGUUUGUUUAUCAUGGCUAAGACUUGGGGUCCAGUUGCUUUGGAAGCUAUUUGCAUAGCUGCAACUGUUUGUGCCCAUCUGUACUGCAAAAGAAGGUUCGAACCUCUAUUCGAUGCCGUUCCGCUAAGCGCGCUCAAAUAUGCUAGAGGUGAUUCGGAAACAUACUAUCCAGCAAAGGACCAGGGUCUUGAGGAAAUUCGUUCCGAAGGGAAAAAGCUAGCCAAUAACAUUCUUUCCGAUGACAGAAGCGGUGUUUUCCAAGAUACUACAAGACAGGACUUGCAGAGAGUCAAUAUGCUUCCAGAUGAUUUCGAAGAGUCAUUGGAAGAUGAGUCUAAAAGUAACAAUGGUGGCGGGACAAUUUCAGGGCACUCAAAGAACCCAUCCAAUCCAUUUGUUGGUGAAACAGAGCAAUUCCAUAAAACGAAAGUACCGCCAACACUCACAUCAGAAGGUGCUGAAAGCAGUCAUGAUCCUAAUGUGAUUGUUAAUAAAGUAGAUGCGGGAGAAGUUCUUGCAGAUGUCAAGGGUUAUCCUGUCAACCAGCCCAACGAGCAGGUUGGUCUACCCUCAGAUUUUGCUAAACCACAAAGUAUCAUACAGCGUAUUAAACUUUUCUUCCAACCACAGAAAUACUAUGAAUUUGCAAUUGUCAGACAAACUUUACCAUUUGCCUUCAAUGAUGUUGUUAAAUAUGAUUUGGAAUAUUUGGAAAAAGCUUUCACAGACCCCUGCGUCAGAAUGAAAGAUCCAGUUAUUUGGAUUGCAAAAGACCCUAUGGGGUUAUCUCAGCAACAGAAAUCUCUUGCAGCUACAAAUGGCGUUCAAGUGAGUGAUGAUUUCGCUGAAUAUGAUGAGAAGGGAAGAGAAAUAUAUUUGAGCGAUCCACCAGAUUUCGAACCUGUUGCUAUGAAAUGA